CGUGACGGAGCCGCACGCGGGCACGGCGAGUGUAAAUGCACACUUUGUUUGAAGGCCGUACGUGUUGAGGCCUGGUGGAGUGAGAUUGUAGGUUUGAGCCGAAUAGUGGUGCGAUUCUUCACCGCUGAGCUGAAUGGAGGCAUUUAGAAGGAGGGAGGAACCCAGAGACACAAUGACCUGAGAGUUCGCGGCUUGUCACGUUCCCGAGAAACCAGAAAAAAAAGCAUCAACGCUUCGGUCCUGCUGUCGGAAAACGUAACGUUUAUCCGGAGACUCCUUACAGAAAACCCUUCUUACCCUUUGCAUGUUGGUGAAAAUGUCCUCUAAGUCGAGCUCGAACAACAUGGCCCUUGCGAGGAGGACGGUACAGCAGCUCCGGGUCGAGGCCAGUAUCGAGAGGAUAAAGGUGUCCAAAGCUUCAGCAGAUCUCAUGCGCUACUGCAGCGAGCACGCCAAGUACGACCCCCUGCUCAUGGGCAUCCCGGCUUCAGAAAACCCCUUCAAGGACAAAAAGCCUUGCACGUUAUUGUAGUUGACUUCUUUGCACUUCGCCUUCUUUCUUAUUUAAUUAACACUACCGCUCAACACUGCCUUAACUCUAACUGGACCAGGCUGCGUGUAAAUCCACUGUGUAUUAACGUCAAUCAACACUAAUCACAGCCCAACGAUUAGCAUCUUUUUGUUGUUAUGGAUAGCGUAAAGCGUGUGUUCCUUUGUUGUUCAUACUGAACUUAAUGCAUUCCAGGGAGUAAAAACUGUGCCAUGAAACCGA